GCGGAUCCUCAUGUCAAUCAUUACUUCACUGCAUGACGUAGCUGAACAUCCUCCUCCUCGCUUCUUCCAUCGGCUGUUGUUCUUAAAAUGGCGCCUUUGGACCUGGAUAAGUAUGUUGAGAUUGCGAGACAGUGCAAGUAUCUUCCAGAGAACGAUUUAAAGAGAUUGUGUGACUAUGUAUGUGACCUGUUACUUGAGGAAUCAAAUGUACAACCAGUAUCUACUCCAGUCACUGUAUGCGGGGACAUCCAUGGACAGUUUUAUGACCUCUGUGAACUCUUCAGAACUGGAGGACAAGUACCAGACACAAACUACAUUUUUAUGGGUGACUUUGUUGACCGAGGUUACUACAGCUUAGAAACAUUCACAUAUUUGCUAGCACUUAAAGCCAAAUGGCCUGACCGCAUCACACUGUUGCGUGGCAAUCACGAGAGCAGGCAGAUCACACAAGUCUAUGGCUUUUAUGAUGAGUGUCAAACUAAAUAUGGAAAUGCAAAUGCCUGGCGAUACUGCACAAAAGUUUUUGACAUGCUGACAGUUGCUGCCUUGAUAGAUGAGCAAAUCCUUUGUGUGCAUGGUGGCCUUUCACCUGACAUCAAAACUCUUGACCAGAUUCGCACUAUUGAACGCAAUCAGGAAAUCCCCCACAAGGGAGCAUUUUGUGAUCUUGUCUGGUCUGACCCAGAGGAUGUGGACACCUGGGCUAUCAGUCCAAGAGGUGCUGGCUGGCUGUUUGGUGCUAAGGUUACCAAUGAGUUUGUUCAUAUCAACAAUUUGAAGCUGAUUUGCCGUGCACAUCAGCUGGUUCACGAGGGCUACAAAUUCAUGUUUGAUGAGAAGCUAGUGACCGUCUGGUCAGCUCCAAACUACUGCUACCGCUGCGGUAACAUUGCCUCCAUCAUGGUCUUCAAGGACGUGAACACAAGGGAACCAAAGUUAUUCCGGGCCGUUCCCGACUCUGAAAGGGUUAUACCACCAAGAACGACAACACCCUAUUUCCUCUGAAGUCUUCAUUGCAUAGUUCAACCCUCCCCCUUUACAUUGUUCUGUCAAAUCUCUUUUAUUGUCUUUAUUUUUUCUGUAUUUCUUUUUUUAAACAAAUAUUUUUGUAAAGAUUGAAGCAAUCUCCCCAAUAACAACAGUAAUAUAUGGUCAGCACUAUGAACUGUACUGGUUAUGUUUAAGUUGGUCAGUCUAUUUAGUUAAAGUAUGAACGUGACAGUAAUCAAGUGGACAUCUGUGUGCUGUUUUCGAUGCGACUUUUCUUAUAGGGCUUUAAAUGUAACCUACUGCCCCUGAGAGUCAUUGACCAUUCAAUAAGAAGCUAUUUAUGUUUAGCUAAUGGCACCAGAUUGUAUUUUUCAGAGGGCCGAGCAGAAAAACUGAAAUUUUCUGACAGUGUUUUUCCUUUUACUAUUUUUCAAAUGGAUGUUGACCAGAACACAGGAGGCUGUGAUUAUUUUGUACAUUAAUAUAAUUGUAUUGAUUUAACCAUCUUUUUCUCAGAAUUGUUGUAUUUUAUUAUUGUAGAGAACGGCAACCCAUUUACCAACUAAAUAUUGAAAAUAAACUUCUUUAUUAUUAAGUUAAAUAA